CUCCACCAUGGUAAUAUCGACUCGGAGACAUUAACCUCGCCGUGGGCUGGGAGUUUUGGAAUACGACCUCGGCAAGCUGUACUUGUAACUGUUUCAUGUCACAUUGACCGGGCGUGUUUACGAUUUUUAACAACAGCCUUAAAAAGUCCAGUGACAUCUGUUGAGAGUUUAAUUGUGAGUGUAAAAAAAAAAAAGGGAUUACUAAAGGAAGAGUCAAGAGAUCAAUUUUCAUACUGUUGAAACAACACGGUGGCCAUCAGGCGGUGGGGGAAUCUGGCGGCAGGACCAACGCAAUCUCCCGAGAAGCCGCGCCGGUGUGCAGGGCGGCGGGAGGGCACGGCAGGCAGUGUAAAUAAAGUAGCAGAGGGAGGCUGCCCGAGGCAGGAAGAGGGAGUAGAGGAAGAGAGGGAGCAGCGAGAGCCAGAACAGAAAAGAAACGGAAGAAAAUGGACAUUUUUUCCCCUCCCACCGGAAAGUCUCCCCAGCCCCGGCCUUGGGCAGCGCGGCCCGGUUUCCUCGCGUCUGGCCGGGCGCGGGGGCGCAGAGGUGGAGGGGCGUCCGGCCGGAACGGCCCCGCGGCCGGCAGCCCCGACCGCGGCCCCGCGAGGCUGCGCCCCUCCGCCCCGCCACUUUUGUUCUCGGGUCGGGCACCGGGCCGCGGCGGGGCUGCAGUGCGCACGCGCGGGCGGGGCGGGGCGGGGCGGGCGGCGGGCUCCGGCCCCGCCCCCCGCCGCCCCGGCCCGCUCCAUCCGGGCACUGCCGAAUCAGCAUCGCGCCGAGGCACAACUUUGCCGAGGCCCAACGAGAUCCAGGCGCGCGCCGGAGGAAAUAUAGUCCCUGCCGGCCGGCGGCUCGCGCGGGCGGCGGUGGCGCCGGGGCGGACGCGCGCGGGGCUGCGCGGGGCUGCGCGGGGCUCCCGGCGCCUGGGGGCCAUGCGCCGGCCAGCGCGGGCGGCCCGGGGACCCGGCGCAACUUGCCGGGCAGCCUGAGGAGUUGGAGCGGCCGCGGGCUCGGCGCCGCGGCGCCCAGCCGCCUUUCUUCCCCCUCGCCAGACCCCCCUCCCUCCCUCCCGUUCGGCCUUGGGGGAGGGGGCUCCUGUGCCCCCUCCCUCCCCGGAGGCCCGGCCCGCCCCGCCCGCUCCCGCCCCCGUGGAGUCGCGCAACUUCCCGGGAGCCGGGGCCAAAGUGAGCGCAAAGUGCUGCCCAAGUUGCCGGGAUGGAGCUGCAGAGCCGGCCCGAGGCGCUCGCCGUGGAACUCGCGCGCCACCAGAACGGCGACCUCAAGAAGCAGCUCCACGAAAGGCAGCCGCGGAUCGCCGCGCUCAACGACACACAAGCUUUGGGAGCCAUCACUGCAGUGCCUGUCACGGGUCCUCAGGUCAGCUCCUUGCAGAGGUUGGCCGGGCAAGGAGUGGCGGUGCUACCUCAGGUUAGGCCAAAGACUCUGAUUCCAGACAGCCUCCCCGUCGCCCCGGGCCGGGACCGGCCACCCAAGCAGCCCCCAACCUUCCAGAAGGCCACCGUGGUCAGUAUCAAGAACCCCAGCCCAGCCCUCCCCACCGCCAACAACACCGUGAGCCAUGUGCCAGCUCCCGGCAGCCAGCCCCAGGCCCUCGCUGAGCCCGCCGCCAUCGCCUCUCCCCUGAGCAGUGCCGGGGUGGCCUACGCCAUCCUCACCACCGCCCCCAGCAAUGCCGCCGCCGUGGCCCCCAGCACUGCCGUGCCUGUGGUCAGCAACAGCAUCAAGGUCCAGCCCCUCCUCAUCAGCGCCGACAAGAAGGUCAUCAUCAUCCAGCCUCAAGUGCAGACGCAGCCUGAGAGCACGGCAGAGUCACAGCCGCCCACGGAGGAACCAUCUCAGGGAGCUCAGGCGACCAAAAAGAAGAAGGAGGACCGGCCCCUGAGCCAGGAGAACCCCGAGAAAAUCGCCUUCAUGGUAGCUCUAGGCCUGGUCACAACGGAACACUUGGAAGAAAUCCAGAGCAAACGCCAAGAGCGGAAGAGAAGAAGCACAGCUAAUCCUGCGUAUAGUGGCCUCCUGGAGACGGAGAGGAAACGGCUGGCGUCCAACUAUCUCAACACCCCCCUGUUCCUCACAGCGAGAGCCAAUGAGGACCCCUGCUGGAAGAGUGAGAUCACCCACGCUGAGCACUGUACUGCCUGCAAGCGAGGGGCCAACCUGCAGCCUUGCGGCACCUGCCCGGGGGCCUACCACCUCAGCUGCCUGGACCCGCCCCUCAAGACGGCGCCCAAGGGCAUGUGGCGGUGCCCCAAGUGCCAGCAGAAGGCCUUAAAGAAAGACGAUGGCGUGCCCUGGACCGGGAUGCUGGCCAUUGUGCACUCCUACGUCACCCACAAGACGGUCAAGGAAGAAGAGAAGCAGAAGCUGCUACAGAGAGGCAGCGAGCUACAGAGUGAGCACCAGCAGCUGGAGGAGCGGGACCGGCGCCUGGCCUCGGCAGUGAAGAAAUGCCUAGAGCUUAAGACGAGCCUGCUGGCCCGGCAGAGGGGCACCCAGUCAUCCUUGGACCGCCUGCGGGCCCUCCUGAGACUGAUACAGGGCGAGCAGAUGCUGCAGGUCACCAUGACGACCACCAGCCCCACCCCACUGCUGGCCGGGCCCUGGACCAAGCCCCCAGCGGCAGCCAUGCGCUCCGCCCUCCAGCACCCCCAGGGGCACAACUGACCCUGCGGGAGCCGCUUCACACCCACGGAAGGUUCCUGGGACCCUGCUCAGCAGACCUGAGGGUUCUGUCCGCCUUAAUUCAUAAACACUAUGAAUUUCAGAUGAAAAUAAAACCUGACCGAGAGAGACAGAGGAAAGAAGGGAGAAGGAACUGGGUGGAAGUCCUAGAGCCAGGACGGGUGGGGAUGGAGUCCUCUCCCUCCACAUUUAGAUGGGACACCAAGAAAAGCAGGGGGGCGCCUGACGGCCGGGCGCACAGUCAGCCCCUGGCUGUUGGGGGGCUGCCCAGCCUCCGGCUUCCAGGCACAGCUGUCUCCUCGGCCUCGUGCUGCUCCCGGGAGAGAGAAGGGCAGAGGUUGGGAGGGGAGCCAAGAACCCGAAGACCUAGCUGAGUAGUAGCGGUAGUUGGGACGAGCAGUGGGUAGCGAAUCUAGGUAGGACUCCACGCCCCUCCCGCUCAGGGGCCCCGGGGCUCGAGGCCGGGAUGCUCCAGCCCCUUCCCAGAACACGGGCCCCUGUCUGUCAGUAUUAUUAGCAUUAAGAGUCACAGCCGUUGAACUUGAAAGAAACUACGAGGUGGGUCCCUCGGGGAGGGACUCUGCAGUCUCCACCUGCCAGGGCCUCCCCGUGCCCCCCGAGUCUUCGGAGCGCCCGCUCUGUACGCCUCCUGCCCUUUGCCGACCUUCUGGACUCAUUUUGCCAUCGAUGUAUUUUUCUCAUGGAGUUUUUGGGCAAGAUGGAGCUGCAAGCAUGCAGGGGAGGCCUUUGGCGGGUUUUCUCUUCGGGGUUGAAUCAUUCAACUUAUGACUGAAGCCUUUUCUUUUCUCCUUUCGAAGAGCCGAUAAAGUAUUCCAUUCCUCUUUUCUUGCCAGUACAGACACUUAUGCCAAAAAUAACUUUACAUUUUUGUAUGGCGUUUUUAUUGUAAGAUAUUUAAUGUGAAGCAGGGAUGCUUGCUGACUUCUUUUCCUGCUUACAGUGGUCUCUGCUGCAAGGUACGAAUGCGAAAACCCCUCCUGGGGGACUGCCAAACUGGAGAGAUCCAGAGGGUUCUUUCAGAAGGGGGGGCGAGGGUGGGGAGGGAGAGGGGGCAGUGGCCUCGGGAGGGUUUGGCCUUGGGAGAUGCAAGAGUCCCUCUUCUUGCUGUCUCCUUGCGUUCGUGAGAGCUGAGGGCGCGCACGCGUCACACAAGGGCUCCCGCGCCCCGGGGCGGGAUGUCCACCCACCAGCUUCUCCAGUCCUGAGGGACGUAGCACAACAGGAUAAGCAUCCGGAAGCCACCGGGCUCCCACCCAGCAUAUCACAUGGUGCCCCAGACACACACGCACGCAGACAGGUGCAGAGCAGGGAGGCUGGCCAGGAUCCCACAGACUGCCAUGGUCCCUCCUGUCAUUUUCUCGACUCCGGGAGAAACUGUGCUGUACGAUACAGAUCUAUUUUAAUACACUUAACACUGGGUUGAACAAGAUUUUUAUAUUCUUUUAUUGAUGAACAAAGUGAACUGUGAGACACACGUCUUCUAUAUUGGUUACUCUAGAUGCCAAUUAUGCAUUACCGCGUGGCUUGCGAUGUAAAUGUCUUCAGGUUCCUUCUUGUUUGUUUUUCUUCUUGGAUGGAUUGAAUUGAAUUAAAUUUAAAAAAAAAAUGUAAUGGGAGGAUAUGGAAGGUUGGACCCGGGAGGGGUAGCUGCCGACGUGUCUUGAAGACUUAGUGUUUUGGACCAAGGAGGACCGUCCAGUGGAUAGUGAGGAUAGAGAAAAAGUGUUUGUCUUAAAUAUGCCAAUGUAGUUUUCCUUCUGUAUGAUGUAUUAAACU